AUGUUGUCUCCAAUUCACACGGUUUUGCUGCUGAUCCUGCCGAUCCCGCUGGCCGUUUCUCGCGAUGACCAGAGAACCAUCCAAGUCAUUUCCGAGCUGCUGAUGAUCGACUCCAAAUGUCCGGCAACUAUAGUCGUCCACCAAUUCGGUCCUUCAAUCGGAGAAGAGGCUGUCGAAGAAGAUGUAUUGGUGAACAAAUUCAUUGAAAUUAAUCAGCAAUCAAAUUCUGUUAUCCUCCUGGAAAUUUCAUCCCUGAAGAACUUUAGCUGGAACAUCUCCGAGCCAUUGUGCCAAAAUGUCGUGAUUUUCAGUCGGCAAAUUGAAAAGGUAAUUUCAAUUUACCGACAAAUCAAGAGCAAUUUCUACGUCAACAAAUUGGUCGUUGUGGCCAAAUUUUCCGCCGAGGAAACUCGCCGUCUCCUGUUUGCCAUUCAGAACGAGAAACUGUUCGUUUUGCUGGAGAAAAUCGGCAGAGACCUGGAACUUUAUUCCUGGGCGGUCAACAAUCAAACGAGUUUGACGACAAUCAGAAGCCAUUCCAAAGUGAGCACGGAAAUGGGUAAAAAUCAAUCGGUCAAGUUACUGGGCAGACAUUUGCUGAUUGCCACGCUGUCCUAUCCGCCAUCCGUCGUGAUCGAUGUCGACGGAAGGAUUCGAGGAAUCGAGCCGUCCGUCAUGGAAUCCUUGGCCGAUCAUUUGCACUUUACCUACGACUUUGUCCAGACGUCGCCCAACGAAAUGUGGGGCGAAAUAUUCGGUUCCGAAGGCCAUUUCUCUUUUACCGGAUUGCUGGGCAUGCUGGCCCGGAAGGAAGUCGACCUCGCCGUUGGAGGACUCUACAUUUCCAGCAUCCGGGCACCCUUCAUCAGCUACACCGAAGUCUACAACAUUGGCUACGAAACGUUUCUCGUUCCGGCUACACAGCCCUACGCCAAAUGGACGGCCCUGUUUUAUUCCUUCACCUGGCCCACUUGGAUGGCCACCAUCGCCUCCGCCGUCGUCGUGGUCAUCAUGCUCUACCUGGUGGCAAAUUACUCGUCACAAAGUUCUCCUUCGACGACGAGAAAUAACGUCUUUGCUGAUUUCCAGUUCUGCUGCCUCUACGUCAUCGGAAACUUGUCCAACAUGCAGGUCCAGCCGCAGAACAUCACAUCAAACGCCAACCGGAUGUUCAUCAUCUGGUGGCUGUUCGGUGCUCUCAUCCUGACGACCGGCUACCGUUCGGGACUCAUUUCCUACAUGACGUUUCCGUUCACGCCGCCGAGCAUCGACACCCUCCAACAAUUGGUCGACAGCUCGUUAAAGAAACUGGUUUUUGGCGGUUUCCUCAAGUCUAUUCUCCUCAAUUCGACCAAGGAGCUGGAGAGGAAGAUAGGAGAGGACCUGAUUCCCAACUACAACCUGACGGGGAUGUUCGUGUCACUCGGGUCCGGCUCCUCGGCCGUCCAGUCCAAUUUGAAUAAUCUUCUCUACAUGGCGGCCACCAUGUACCCGACGACGGCCGCCGGACCAAGAGUUCACCUCAUCAAGGAGAAUAUCAUGCCGGCCUGGGUGGCUUUUGGUUUGCAGAAGAACUCUCAGCUGAAACCGCACUUUGACAAGGGCAUCCAGCGUUUGAUCGAAUCCGGCUUGAUCGACCACCACACGACGAUGUUCGCCAAAAAACUGGGCAAGUGGAACCCGAAGAAAGCCAGCAACGAUCUCAUUUCCUUUUCGUUGGAUAGCUUGCAAGGAGCGUUCUAUUUGCUGGGAAUAGGAGUCGUCGGAUCGAUUCUCAUUUUCGCUAUUGAGAUUAGCCUAAAAUCUGUCAAACGUUUAAGGCCCAAAAAAGACAAACUGUUUUGCUGA